AUGCUGUCGUCGGAGAGAAUUAAGGACUGGACGUGCCGGCUUUGCCGCUCCAGGGAGGGUUUCGGCCCCAUUUCGUUUUACGGUGACUUUACAGAGUGCUUUAUCGAUGCAGUGGUGCUUAAUUUGACUGCGUUGUUUAUGCUUGUGUACGGUACGAGGGAGAUUGCUAGAUUGUGCAGAAACAAGCACCACGGGAUUAAGUACAGGAGAAACUGGAUCAUUGUGUUCAGAAUGGUGCUCGUAAUGUUGCAGAUUCUGUUCACUGCAUGGUCCGCGUUGCACUUGCCCAGACACAAGGUUAAAGACUUUACGGUGAUCUCGCAGUACAGUUUGACGCUGCUGUCCCUCUUUGUGGCCAUGUCUUUGCACUGGAUAGAGUACCACAGGUGCAAAGUGGCUAACCCAAUAGUUCUGUUCUACUGGCUGUUCGAGUCCGUGGGGAACCUCGCCAAGUUUGUCAACUUCUUGAUCAGAUACAAUUACGAGGGCCGCUGGCCGUUUGGCAAGAACGUGUUCGUGUUCGUUACCUUCCAAUCGAUCUUAUCGGUCUCGCUGCUGCUUCUAGAGGCGUUGCCCACGAAACCAAUGAUGCCGUACCAGGAAAUUCAAGAACAUUUGUCACGCAGGAAGCCUAACCCAUACGACUCUGCCAACAUCUUCUCGAGGAUCUCGUUCACUUGGAUGUCUGGUCUGAUGAAGGCCGGUUACGAAAAGUACUUAGUCGAGGAGGACAUGUACAAACUACCGGAAAGAUUUGACUCCGAGGAGGUUUCUUCCAAAAUGGACAAGAACUGGGAAAAUGAGGUCAAACAGAAGGCGAAACCAUCGCUGACUUGGGCCCUGUGCUUGACCUUCGGUAAUAAGAUGUUACUGGCCGCGUUUUUCAAAGUGUUGCACGAUAUUCUGGCUUUUACCCAACCACAGCUGUUGAGACUAUUGAUCAGCUUCGUUAGUAGAUACAACGAGGAGAGGGGCAAUACGUACACCGAGUAUUUCACCUCCAAAAUCAGGGAACUACCCUUGGUACGUGGAUUCAUGAUUGCCAUAGGUAUGUUUUGCGUUGGUUUCACGCAGACGUGUGUUUUGCACCAGUACUUUUUGAACACGUUCAACACUGGCAUGAACGUGAAAAGUGCAUUGACAUCCAUUAUCUACAACAAGGCAUUAGUCUUGUCCAGGGAGGCUUCCGCGACGUCCUCCACUGGUGAUAUUGUGAACUUGAUGAGUGUUGAUGUGCAGAAAUUGCAGGACCUGUGCCAGUUCAUCCAUCUGUUGUGGUCCGGUCCCUUCCAGGUAGUCAUUUGUUUGGUAUCACUGUACAAACUACUGGGUCCCUCCAUGUGGAUUGGUGUUGUCAUCUUGUUGGUCAUGACCCCAUUGAACACUUUCUUAGCGAAAAUCCAGAAGAGACUGCAGAAAUCACAGAUGGGAUUUAAAGAUGAGAGAACAAGUGUUAUCAGUGAGAUCCUAAACAACAUCAAAUCCCUGAAGCUAUACGCCUGGGAGGAGCCAUACAAGAAGAAACUCGAACACGUCAGAAACGACAAAGAACUGAAAAAUUUGACCAAGUUGGGUUGUUUCAUGGCUAUCACCAGUUUCCAGUUCAACGUUGUUCCAUUUUUGGUGUCCUGUUGCACUUUUGCCGUGUUUGUUUACACAGAGGACCGGGCAUUGACCGUGGACCUUGUGUUCCCCGCAUUGACGUUGUUCAACUUGCUAUCCUUCCCUCUUUUCGUCAUUCCAAAUGUGAUGACUUCGUUCAUCGAGGCCUCCGUCUCUGUCACGAGACUGUUCAAUUUCUUAACGAACGAGGAGUUACAAAAGGACUCAGUACAACGUUUGCCCAAGGUCACUAAUGUCGGUGACGUCGCCGUUAAAGUCGGCGAUGAUGCCACUUUCCUAUGGAGACGUAAGCCAGAGUAUAAAGUUGCCCUGAAGAAUAUUAACUUUGAGGCGAAGAAGGGACAAUUGACGUGUGUGGUUGGUAGAGUUGGUAGUGGUAAAAGUGCCCUGAUUCAAAGUUUGUCUGGCGAUCUGUUCAGGGUCAAAGGGUUUGCCACUGUUCACGGGAGUGUCGCUUACGUGUCGCAAGUGGCGUGGAUUAUGAAUGGUACGGUCAAGGAGAAUAUUCUGUUUGGACAUAGGUAUGAUCCUGAGUUUUACGAUAAAACGAUUAAGGCGUGUGCUUUGACCAUUGAUCUGGCUGUCCUUGUCGAUGGUGACGAGACAUUGGUCGGGGAGAAAGGUAUUUCGUUAUCUGGUGGCCAAAAGGCGCGUCUAUCGUUAGCCCGGGCUGUUUAUGCAAGAGCUGACACGUAUCUUUUGGACGAUCCAUUAGCUGCUGUUGACGAACACGUCGGCAAGCACUUGCUAGAACACGUCUUGGGCCCCACCGGGUUACUACGGACAAAGACUAAGAUUUUGGCUACGAAUAAGAUAUCUGUUCUAUCCAUUGCCGAUCGGAUUGCUCUGCUGGAAAAUGGUGAGAUUGUGGAACAAGGUUCCUACGAUGAAGUUACUGCUGAUGGGGAUUCCGCGUUGAGCAAGUUGAUCCGCGAUUAUGGUAGAAAGGAUAACAAACCGAAGAAGGACGAUGGUAACUCUGUACCAGUGUCGAGUGCCGUUUCCGUGAUGGACCAUGAUUCGAGUGUCCCACUGGAAGACGAGUUGGAACAGUUGCAAAAACUGAAUGACUUGCACUUGUUGCCUGACUCUGCACCUAGUCUGAGAAAGGCUUCAGAUGCCACUUUGCGUAGUAUCGGGUUUGGGGACGAGGAAAACAGUGCUAGGCGAGAGCACCGUGAGCAAGGUAAAGUGAAGUGGAGUAUCUAUUGGGAGUACGCGAAGGCGUGUAACCCUCGGAACGUGGUGAUCCUGAUUCUUUUCAUCAUUUUGUCGAUGUUUUUGUCUGUGAUGGGUAACGUAUGGUUGAAGCACUGGUCCGAGGUCAACACUGAGUACGGUGGAAACCCACACGCGACACGCUACCUGCUGAUCUACUUCGCGCUAGGUGUUGGUUCUGCGUUAUCGACGUUGAUCCAGACUGUGAUUUUGUGGGUUUUCUGUACGAUCCACGGGUCGAAGUACUUACACACUGUGAUGACGAAUGCGGUGUUCCGGGCGCCGAUGUCCUUUUUUGAAACCACGCCUAUUGGGCGUAUCCUGAACAGGUUCUCGAACGAUAUCUACAAAGUGGAUUCGCUACUGGGCAGAACGUUCUCUCAGUUCCUUGUCAAUGCUGUUAAAGUGGUAUUCACGAUGAUAGUUAUUUGCUGGACGACAUGGCAGUUCAUAUUCAUCAUUGGGCCACUGGGGGUCCUGUACAUUUACUACCAGCAGUACUACCUGCGCACCUCCAGGGAGUUACGUCGUUUGGACUCUAUUACACGGUCCCCCAUUUACUCACACUUCCAAGAGACACUUGGCGGGAUGUCUACGAUCCGCGGGUACAACCAGCAAAGGCGGUUCGACCAUAUCAACCACUGUCGGAUUGACAACAACAUGAGCGCGUUUUACCCCUCGAUCAAUGCGAACCGGUGGCUGGCGUUCCGUUUGGAGUCCAUUGGGUCUGUGAUCAUCCUUGGCGCGGCUACGUUGUCGAUUUACCGACUGGGCCAGGGGACCCUGACCGCUGGGAUGGUUGGUUUGUCUCUGAGUUAUGCGUUACAGAUAACACAGACGUUGAACUGGAUUGUGCGGAUGACCGUGGAGGUGGAGACGAACAUUGUCUCCGUGGAGAGAAUCAAGGAGUACUCUGAGUUGAAGAGCGAGGCGCCACUAGUGAUCGAGGAGAAACGCCCCGCUGCCCACUGGCCGGACUCUGGGGAUAUCCGGUUCGACCACUACAGCACACGGUACCGUCCCGAACUGGACCUUGUCCUAAGGGACGUGAAUCUACACAUCAAGCCAAGGGAGAAGAUCGGGAUUGUCGGGCGUACUGGUGCCGGUAAAUCGUCGCUGACUUUGGCGUUGUUCCGUAUCGUUGAGGCAAGUUCCGGGGGUAUUGUCAUCGAUGGGGUACGGAUCGACGAGAUUGGUCUGCACGAUCUGAGGCACAACCUCUCCAUCAUCCCGCAGGACUCGCAAGUGUUCCAGGGCACGAUCCGUGAGAAUGUGGACCCGACAGAGACGUACACCGACGACGAGAUCUGGCGCGUGCUGGAACUGUCGCACUUGAACAGACACGUCGAGUCGAUGGGCCCGCGGGGCCUGCUGAACGAGGUGAACGAGGGCGGGUCCAAUCUGAGCGUGGGCCAAAGACAGCUGAUGUGCCUGGCCCGCGCGCUGCUUGUCCCCAGCAAGAUCCUCAUCCUCGACGAGGCGACCGCGGCGGUGGACGUCGAGACGGACCAGGUGAUCCAGGAGACCAUCCGUUCCGCGUUCCGCGACCGCACGAUCCUGACCAUAGCGCACAGAAUCAACACGAUCAUGGACAGCGACCGCAUUGUCGUGCUGGACGGCGGCCGCGUCACGGAGUUCGACACACCGACAAACCUACUCCGCAACGAGGGGUCUCAAUUCCACUCCCUGUGCCAGGAGGCCGGUCUCCUCACGCGCGCGCAAGAAGCGGGUGCCGAGGGGCGCGACCCCAAAGCAAACAAAGAGUAG